AUGCCAUUCUUAGGUUUUAUGUUCAUGGCUACUGGGUCACAUGGAGGCUCUCAUUCAGUUGAUGAAAGGCGCAGCAACCACAAUGCUAAUGACGAAGACGACGACGAUGACUACAGCUACCAUGAAAGCUAUGAUGAUGAUUGCAGCUACCAUGAAGACAACGAUCAUGUCCAGUACUCCAAUGAAAACGAUGAUGAUGACCACUCCAUUGACAAGGUUGAUGACGAUGGCUGCUCCCAAAGCGAUGAUGAUCACCACUCUUCUGAACAGUGA